CAAAUUUCCGGAGUAUUCUAUUAUACAGGGUGUAAUUAGCAUCCAAAAUUUUAUUGUCUCUUUUUUUUUAAAAAUGGAAGUGAUUAAGUUUGAACGUUGUUCUUCUCUUUUGAGAUUGGCGUUUCCAACAACAAUCAAUAAGCCAUUUACUGCAACUUCAGCUACUCCUAUAUGUCGUAAAUUCUGCUUAAAUAAAAAGCGAUUAUCUGUUGCAAAAUCAAAUUCAACGCUAAUUCGCUGCUCCGCACUUUCCGCUCAAGAGAAGGAGAGAGAGGUUGAGUCUGAUGGUGUUGUCAAAGAGAGAAGCGUCUCCGUUGUUUUGCUUGCAGGAGGGAAGGGCAAGAGGAUGGGAGCUACCAUGCCUAAGCAGUAUCUUCCUCUGUUGGGUCAACCCAUUGCACUCUAUAGUUUCUUGACUUUUUCUCGCAUGCCUGAAGUCAAAGAAAUCGUUGUCGUUUGUGAUCCUUCCUACAGGGACAUUUUCGAAGAUGUGAAGGGAAAUUGCCAAGCAGAACUCAAAUUUGCACUGCCGGGUAAAGAAAGACAGGAUUCUGUUUACAAUGGCUUUCAGGUUAUUGAUUCUAACUCUGAGCUUGUUUGCGUCCAUGAUUCUGCAAGACCUUUGAUGCUACAAGAAGAUGUGAAAAAGGUCCUUAAAGAUGGAUUGUUGAACGGAGCUGCUGUUCUCGGUGUUCCUUCGAAGGCCACAAUCAAAGAGGCAAACAGUGAUUCAUUUGUGGUUAGAACACUGGACAGAAAAACACUAUGGGAAAUGCAGACCCCACAGGUUAUCAAACCGGAAUUGCUGAGGAAAGGCUUUGAGCUUGUAAAUAGAGAAGGUCUUGAAGUUACUGAUGAUGUGUCCAUUGUGGAGCACCUUAAACAGCCUGUUUAUAUCACUGAAGGAUCAUACACCAAUAUCAAGGUGACUACGCCUGACGAUUUAUUACUGGCAGAGAGAAUAUUGAAUAUAAAUUCUGGGGAAAGUUCUUAAUGAAGUUUUGCCAAUUUCACCAUUGAAGACAAGUCAUUGUUAAAACAUUUUUCUUCAAUAGACUAUUAUUUUUUGUCCUGCAAGGAUUUUCUGAGUUAUUUAUUGAGAUUUGUGUAAUAACACAUGGCCCUUGCUUAAAACAAGGGAAAUGUUUCCGCAUGGUAGGAGAAACCUACGUUCAUUACCACACAACCCAGAGUCCCAUGCAAUGGGAUCAUAUUCCUAAAUUUACUGUAAGUCAUGUUUGACAAACGUAAUAAAGGUCUUGAUUUUCAAAUGUUCAAAAAGAAACUGUAAUGUGAACUGGUUAUAUUAGUCAUGUAUCUUCAUUUUUUUUUAAAUGGCAA